AUGGACAAAGAAAGUCUGACUCAACAGUACGAGCCUGUGGCCGAGAUUGGAGAAGGUGCUUACGGAAAGGUGUACAAAGCACGCGAUUUGAAGAAUGGGGGACGAUUCGUUGCGCUUAAAAGAGUUAGGGUGCAGACAGAAGAGGAGGGAAUGCCCCUGUCAACCAUCCGAGAAGUUGCUGUGCUCAGGCAGCUUGAGUCAUUCGAGCACCCCAACGUUGUCAGGCUGUUCGAUGUGUGCACUGUGUCUAGAACUGACCGGGAGACCAGACUCACCCUGGUGUUUGAGCACGUGGACCAAGACUUGACCACUUACUUACAGAAAGCACCUGACCCAGGGGUGCCUCCUGAAACCAUUAAGGAUAUGAUGUACCAGCUGCUACAGGGACUGGACUUCCUCCAUUCUCAUCGCGUGGUUCACCGGGACCUGAAGCCCCAGAACAUUCUGGUCACCAGCGGAGGGCAGAUCAAAUUAGCUGAUUUUGGCCUAGCACGAAUAUACAGUUUUCAAAUGGCUCUUACUUCAGUGGUGGUUACACUAUGGUACCGUGCUCCUGAGGUCUUACUGCAGUCCAGUUAUGCUACGCCUGUAGACCUGUGGAGUGUGGGUUGUAUCUUUGCGGAGAUGUUUAGGAGAAGCCCUCUUUUUCGUGGAAACUCAGAUGUUGAUCAGUUAGGCAAGAUAUUUGACGUGGUUGGAGUGCCUCCUCCAGAGGACUGGCCAGAGGAAGUGUCACUGCCCCAGAGUGCCUUCGCUCCACGUCUGCCCAAGCCUUUAGAAGACAUAGUCCCAGAGAUGGAUGAGCAAGGCAGAAACCUUCUGCUGCAAUUUCUUUCAUUCAACCCUUCCAGAAGAGUAUCUGCCUAUGCUGCGUUGUCUCACCCAUACUUCCAGAAUCUGGACAGUUCUAGCAAGAGUCUAUAUGCUCAGCCCAUGCCCAGCAAAAAGCCCUCCCUGGAGGAGAGAGCUGCCUGA